AUGGUCUCCAUCAAGCAACUCUCUCUGACCGCCGCUGUCGCCCUCAGCAUUGCUGAGACCGCAGUCGCUCUUCCCAUCCGCGGCAAUGUCAACGAUGCUGAUCUUGCCGCGCGCGGGACUGAGUCCGAGGAGCGAGAUCUUAAGGCACGAGCCUUCCACAAGAACAUGUUCAACAACUCAUUCAAGGCUCUCAACCUGGGCAACGCAAUCGCCGGCCUUGUCAUGUCCGAACGUGACAAUGAGGAGCGUGCAGUGGAGGAGGAUGUCGAAGUGCGCGAUUUUGAGGAUGACCUCGAGGAGCGUGACUUCGAUGAGGAACUUGAGGAGCGUGAUUUCGACGAGGAACUUGAGGAGCGUGACUUCGAGGAAGACCUCGAGGCCCGUGAUUACGAGGAAGACCUCGAGGCCCGUGAUUUCGAGGAAGACCUCGAGGAGCGCGACUUUGAGGAUUACCUUGAGGAGCGUGAUUUCGAGGACUAUCUCGAGGAGCGUGACCUGGAGGAGCGCGCCAAGGGCCGAUUUAGCCCUAACAUCGGCGAGAACAUUGGUAAUGGAUUAGAUGCCGCUUAUACCAUCGCGACCACAUACGGCACCAUCAAGAACGUGGUCAAGUCCGCCAUGGGUGGAGGCGAGGGCAAGCGCGCUGUGGAGGAGCUCGACAGGCGUGCCUUUGAGGACCUUGUCCGGGAGCUGUACUAUUAA